AAAACAAAGCGAAUGUUAGUGGAAAAAAUGGGCAAAGAAGCACUCCAACUUGGACAUACUGAUGCUGCGGUGAAUGGCCUUGAGGAGAAUACUCUGGUGGCCUCUUUUUGUGAUUUGUUGGAGCGAAUUUGGGCGCAUGGAUUGCAUAAAAAACAGCCUCAUGAAUUUUUCACGGUUUUCGAAGUGUAG